AUGGUCAAUGAUGAAAAUUAAAUAGAAAAGCAAUAUGAUGCUUAAAUAGGUGGUAUUACAUAAGAAGAAAUGUCAUUUAGCAACUUUAAUUCUUAAGGCGAUGUUUGUAAUAAAAAUGAUGGAGUCUCCUCAAAUACUAAAAUCUCUAUCCGCAAAAGGAAAAAAAAAUCUACUAUUUUGAAGCACAGUAAUUACAUUGAUAAUAUUUAAGUUGAUAAAAUUCAAUCCUGCUCUAAUAACUAAAUUGAGUAGGAAUCAAUCAACCUAUCUGCAAAUCUCAUUUCAGAAUCUCAUUACACCUAGGAUUAAAAGUAUCAUAAAUAUUUACCAAGCGUUGUUACUUUAUAACUUUAUCCUGAAGAUAAAAAAAAGAAAACCACUAAUUCCAAAAUUUAAGAAAAUAAAAAAUUGAAACUGAUUAAAGAUGAAUUAUAAAGUGAUCUAAUGAAUGAAUUAUCUUCUUAAAGUUAAUAAUCAAUUUUGACUCAUUCUUCAAAUGGAAAUAAAGAAAAAACCACUUCUAUAGUUAGAAGAUAGUAGAUUUAAAAAUUUUAGAUAGCUUAAGAUGGAGAUUAUCAUCAAUUUUCAACAAUAUAUAAGACAUAAUCAAUUUAAACAGCUUAAAAACUAUUUUUAUACAAUUUUGAUAAAAUGAAAGAUUACAAAUACUAUUUCACUUAUAAUAACUCAAAUUUAGUUAUCAAAUAUUACAAUUUAAAGUAAAGCAUUAACACAAGAAAAAUUUUUAUUUUCAAAAAUUAAAAAUUUUGUUGA